AUGGGCCAUAGGUUACAUGGUGGAUCAACCCUGCAAGAUAGUAUGGAGUUCAUGGAGGGAACUGCGAUCCUCAAUUAUAACGAUGAUCUCAUCUUUUAUCCAGUAUAUUCACCAAAAACCCACGCACUGGUUUCCAUAGAAUCCGUUGAAAAACGAGAAAAUACGCCAAUAUUUUCAAACCGCGGAAUUAAAGCUUCAGCGAAUAUUAAAGAAACCAUUAAUGAUCUUUUGAUAAAAUCCAGACUUGUCAAAAAAAACUUCGAUACCAUUUUAGCAUUCCGAGAAAUGACAUGGUGUGGUAUUCAAGGAAUAGAAAAAAUAUCAUCUUCAUGCUUUAAAGGCAUAUUUACGGCCGAGCACGUAAAUUCAUUCAGGAAUAAUCAAAGUGAUGAAACCAUUUUUAUAAAAAGAAAUUUAUUCCAAAUUUCUGGAUUUUAUCCGAUUUUUGAAGUUAUAUCUGGGUUAACAUCACUUCAAAUUUCUGAUUCUUGGCUGAAUGCAUCGAAUCAACUCGCUAUUGAUGUAGUUAAUUAUAAUGUGCCACCUAUCGCCGUUAUUUGUGGACAUCGAAACGUUGGAAAAUCAACUUUUGCUAGAUAUUUGCUUAACAAUAUGCUUAAUUUUUGUCCUAAAGUUGCUUAUAUUGAAAGCGAUGUUGGACAAUCAGAAUUUACGCCAUCCGGAUCCGUAUCUCUCAACAUAUUGAACUCACCUAUUUUUGGACCGCCAUUUACUCACAUCCAACAACCUUAUAGAUCUUAUUACAUUGGUAGCAAUACUCCUCUUGACGAUCCCGAUUAUUAUUUGGAUUGUUUACGUGAAUUGGUAAUCGUUUAUCGUCGUGAUAUCGCCUGUGGUCCAGACUUUGGCAUGCAUGUGGACGAAGAGGUUCAACGCAUUCCAUUAAUUUUAAAUACGCACGGGUGGAUAAAAGGAAUGGGAUAUGAUCUCAUUCUUCGUAUCCUUGACUUUACUAGGCCAACACAUUUAUUUCAAUUUUAUUCAUCAAUUCAUUCGUAUCAAAAUCUUCCACCAUUUCCUACUUCCGUCAUAUCCCCACCAAAUGAAGAUCCACCUAAAAUUGCAUUGGUUGAAACAAUUGAUCCUUCUGAAAUUUCAACUAAAUAUACAGCAGCAGAUCAUCGUACUUUAGCUUUACUUUCUUAUUUUUAUUCUACGCCUGCUAUGCUAACUAAACAAGAAAAUACCAAAUGGUGGCAAUUUGAUAAACCAUUGAUUCAUCAUUCUCCAUGGUGUUUGGACUGGACCAAAGGAUUGACAAAGGGGGUUUUCGUUUUCUCGGGAGAUGUUCCUUGGAGUCAACUUUUGUAUGUGUUAAACGGUUCAAUUGUUGGUUUAGUUGGAAAUCUUCUAGAUGUAGACGAAAGUUUUGAAAUAGUUGAUGGAUCAGAAACAUCACAAGGAAAAGGAAUAAGUAUUCAGCCUCCACGUUAUUUUCCAUGUCCAAAUUAUCCACCCCCGGAUCCCUCUGAAUAUACAUUUUUAGGACUUGCUAUUAUACGAUCUAUAGAUCCAGUUGCUCACACCUUUCAUAUUCUAACACCACUUUCAUAUGUAGAGUUACAGAAAACAAGUCUCAUUGUAAAGGGGUCAUUAGAUUUGCCUACGUGUUUCAUGUUGGAUCAUUCAAAUAAUAUUUCAACUGGUGUUUGUGGCGUGCCGUGGAAGAGAGUGCCUUAUAUGAAUUUAGAGGCUAGGGAAGGCGUUGGGAACGCUGCUCAAAGAGUUAGAAGACGAAGUAAAAAUAAAGAAUAA